UUACAUUGUAUUCAAUCUUCCGUUCGUAAGAGAGGGAGAGAUUCAUUUCAACCAAUAAAAGCUGCAAAAUUUAUUGCAAAUAUAUACAUAUAAUUAUUUCCUAUUACGAUAAUUCCUUGACUAUUUGGUUUGCAUUAAUUGAUUGAUUCCUUACAGUUGUUUUCUAUAAUAUAGAGACCUAUAAAUAUAGAAUUAGAUUGAGAAAAGGAAACAUUUGGUGAACAGAUUGGGCGGGAUUUUUUGGUUCGGGAAUUGUAAUCCAAUGCGGUGGAAGGCACCGCACGGUGGUGAAUCAGGAUUAUUGAAAGUUUUUAGCUGCGGAUCUGAUGUUGAGAAUCGCAUCAUUUUUGAAGAAUUAUACGGACCGAAAGGAGGAAAAGAUUAUUAGUUUUGGGAUUGUAAAUAGCAGCGGUGGUGGUGGUGAGGUAGCUGAUUGUAUUGAUUUGAGAAGGGGAAGAGGGAAGUGGUGCAGGAGAAAAGCAGUGGCGGAGUAGGAAGAAGAUGCAUCUGCACUUCUCACCUAGCAUGAGAAGUAUAACGAUAUCGUCGAGUAGUAGUGGUGGAAAUGUCAAUGGAGGAGGCGAUUUGAUGAAGAUCAAGGUCGCACCUCGCCACAUCUCUUACCGCACGCUCUUCCACACCAUUUUGAUACUUGCAUUCUUGUUGCCUUUUGUUUUCAUUCUUACAGCCCUCGUCACCCUAGAAGGUGUCAACAAGUGCUCCUCAUUCGAUUGUUUAGGAAGACGGUUGGGGCCAAAACUUCUCGGCCAAGCUGACGAUUCAGGGAGGUUGGUCAAGGAUUUUGUUAAGAUCCUCAAUCAAGUGAACUCUGACAAAGUCCCAGAUGGUUUGAAGCUCCCCGAGUCUUUUAGUCAACUUGUUUCUGAAAUGAAAAACAACAAGCACAGUGCAAAAGAUUUUGCUUUGAUUUUGAAAGCAAUGAUGGAGAGAUCUGAAAGGGAGAUCAGGGAGUUGAAAUUUUCAGAGCUAAUGAACAAACACUUUGCAGCUAGUGCGAUUCCAAAGGGCAUUCACUGCUUCUCUUUGAGGCUAACUGAUGAAUAUUCUUCGAAUGCUCAUGCACGCAAACAGCUGCCUUCACCAGAAUUACUCCCUUUGCUUUCUGACAACUCAUACUACCACUUUGUAUUGUCAACUGACAACAUUCUGGCUGCUGCAGUUGUCGUCACAUCUGCUGUCCAGUCAUCUCUAAAGCCUGAAAAGAUUGUUUUCCAUGUCAUAACUGACAAGAAAACAUAUGCAGGCAUGCAUUCGUGGUUCGCCCUCAAUCCUGUCUCUCCUGCUAUAAUAGAAGUGAAAAGUGUUCAUCAGUUUGAUUGGUUAACGAGAGAAAACAUUCCAGUUCUUGAAGCUGUGGAGAACCACUAUGGCAUACGGAAUUACUACCAUGGAAAUCAUGUCAGUGGGUCCAAUCUUAGUGACACCACCACCCCACGCAAAUUUGCCUCAAAACUGCAAGCUAGAAGUCCAAAAUACAUCUCAUUGCUCAAUCAUCUCCGUAUAUAUCUCCCGGAGCUCUUCCCGAAUCUUGACAAGUUGGUUUUCUUAGACGAUGAUGUUGUAAUUCAGCGUGAUUUGUCUCCUCUCUGGGAAAUUGAUCUUAAUGGAAAAGUUAAUGGAGCUGUUGAAACUUGUAAAGGUGAAGAUGAGUGGGUGAUGUCUAAGCGAUUUACGACUUAUUUCAACUUCUCCCAUCUGCUUAUAGCAAAAAAUUUGAAUCCCGAUGAAUGCGCAUGGGCUUAUGGGAUGAAUAUCUUUGAUUUGCGUGCAUGGCGAAAGACAAAUAUUAGAGACACUUAUCACACGUGGCUUAAAGAGAAUCUGGAGUCGAACCUGACGUUGUGGAAGCUUGGAACUCUGCCUCCUGCUUUGAUCGCAUUCAGGAAUCAUGUUCAUCCUAUUGAUCCCUCGUGGCACAUGCUUGGAUUGGGCUAUCAGAAUAAGACUGACAUUGAAAAUGUGAAAAAGGCGGCAGUGAUUCAUUAUAAUGGCCAGUCGAAACCAUGGCUGGAAAUCGGCUUUGAGCAUCUCCGUCCAUUCUGGACCAAGUAUGUUAACUACUCUAAUGAUUUUAUUAGAAAUUGCCAUAUGUUGGAGUAAUAAUCAACCAAUUAAUGGUGUACCAAGGAAAUGGUGGAUAGAAGCAUACAUGUUUUGCUCGAAGGUUUGUUUGGCAGGUAUAGAAAUUUGUUGAUAUUCAAUAGAGAGGAACCGGAUAAACUCAAGACCAGGCUAAAAAGGGUGAUAUACAAGAAUUCUUAAUUUGCUGCUGUAUCCCCAAUUCCAAAGACGAACCCACCUGGGCAUGAGAUUCAUUUUUAGUUUGUAAAGUAGCAAUUCAUCAUCUAUUUUUUUCUGGUAGGACCAAGGACAUUAUUUUGGGUGUCAAUGGAUGUUGCCUAUGGUGUCUUGCUUACAAGGGAAUAAUGGUUUACAGAUUAUAGAAAGCGUUUGUGAUUGCCACUGGAUAUGCAAAUCGACGUGAAAAGGAACAGAGUUAGGAUGCAAGCCGCAGAGAGGCUUCGGCUUUCGACCCAUGGUCCAUAGAGAGAAUUCUUUACCCCAAUUUCGUUCCCAUUUUUGUUAGUUUUUAUUUCCAUGUCCCCAGUUUUCCCCAUUUUUCAGAUUUUAUAUCUUCAUGAAAUUCUAGUUUGUAGAUUUUAAAGAACUUGAUUGAGUUAGGGAGCUACAUAAGUUAUAUGUUGGUAUUUGUCACACGUUCAUAUUAUUUAUUGAUGAAAUUUUAUAACUCA